AUGAUGCUGUGCAAUGAAAGCCGAAAGGAAGCUGCAGGGCUGACUCCCUUUCUGACACCCAGGAAAACCAUCAGACUCGCUACUUGGAACAUCAGAACAAUGUAUGAAGCAGGAAGAACAGCACAAGUUGCAAAGGAGAUGAAGCACUACAACACUUGUCUCCUAGGACUGAGUGAGACGAGGUGGCUACAGACAGGACAGUUGAGGCUGACCACCAGAGAAACAUUGUUGUAUUCAGGACACACCACGGAGAGAGCCCCCCACACCAAAGGUGUAGGCCUGAUGCUAUCCCCGGAGGCACAACGCGCUCUUAUCGGAUGGGAACCUGUCAACUCACGGAUAAUAACAGCUAAGUUCAGCACCAAGAAAAGCAAGAUCAAAUUGAACAUCAUCCAGUGUUAUGCCCCCACCAACGACACUGAUGACGAAAAGAAAGACGCCUUUUACCAGCAACUACAGGCAGUCUUGGAUAAAGCAGGGAAGAAAGAUAUGACAAUACUUAUGGGCGACUUCAAUGCAAAGAUUGGAGCUGAUAACACUGGCUACAAUGAAGUCAUGGGCACACAUGGACUUGGCUACAUGAACGAGAAUGGCGAGAGAUUUGCAGACCUAUGCUCCCUUAACCAGCUUGUAAUAGGAGGAAGCAUUUUCCCUCAUAAACGGAUUCACAAGGCCACAUGGAGAUCCCCUGAUCAUUUUACAGAAAAUCAGAUCGACCAUAUUUGCAUCAGCAAGAAAUUUCGAAGAGCAUGGAAAGAUGUCAGGGUGAUGAGAGGAGCAGACGUUUCAUCAGACCACCAUCUGCUGAUGACGGCAGUAAGACUACGCCUCAAAAAGUUUAACAACAUGACAAACAUGAGGACAAAGUACGUGAGUGUCCUCAAAACAAAGGAAGUGAGGACAGCAUUCCACCUCAGCCUGUCCAACAGAUUCCAGCCGCUACAAGACCAGCUAGAAAACAAUGAUACAUGUAGUUAA